AUGGCUGAGCAGCUGUCCAAAGAGCAGGCGGCCAAGUUCCUGGAGACCUUCCACAGGUUCGACAAGGACAAAGACAGUGCCAUCAGCACCCAGGAGCUGGGCGCCGUGAUGCAGGAGCGGGGCCUGAACCCGUCAGAGGCCGCGCUGAAAGGGUUCAUCGCCAGGGACGAUGCAGACGGGGAUGGUGUCAUCAGCUCCCAGGAGUUCCUGGCAGUGAUAGCCAAGGGGGUUCAGGCCCGGGCCAGAGAGGAUGACUUGAGGACAGCCUUCCAUGCCUUUGACCUGGAUGGUGACGGCCACAUCAGCAUGGAUGAGCUCAAGCAGGCCAUGGCCCAGCUGGAGGUGUCCCAGGAGGAGUUGGACAUCAUGAUCCGGGAAGCUGACGUGGACCAGGACGGGCAGGUGAGCUACGAGGAGUUCGUGCGCGUCCUCAUGCUGAAGUGA